UCAGAGAGAGUGUGUAGAAUGCCAAAAGUGGAGAGCCAAGCCGACUGUGCCUAUCAUGGCUGACUUACCUUUAGCUCGUCUGCGACUAUACCAACCGCCUUUUUUCUCAACUGGAGUUGACUGCUUUGGGCCCUUCAUUGUGAAGAUUGGCCGUCGCACUGAAAAACGAUGGGGAGUCAUCUUCAAGUGCUUGACGACCAGAUGCAUUCACCUUGACCUCCUCAAUAGCAUUGAUACCGAUGCAUUUUUGUUGGCACUUAGACGGUUUAUAGCUCGCAGAGGAACCCCAUCCGAAAUUUUCUCGGAUCAGGGGACCAAUUUCCGAGGAGCUGCAACUGAAUUACGGGAAGCCUUCAAAGUAAUGGAACCCAAACUGCAAGAGUUGUUGGCUAACUAUCAGAUCAACUUUAGGAUGAAUCCUCCCGCCGCACCACACUUCGGAGGUGCAUGGGAAAGGGAGAUCAGAUCAGUAAAGUCUGCCCUGCAGGUAGUUGUUGGUAGCCAGUCGGUUCCAGAGGAAGUACUACGCACAGUACUGAUCGAAGUCGAGGGCAUCCUUAACAGCAAGCCAUUGGGAUAUGUCUCAUCCGAUGUGGCAGACAUAGACCCGGUUACCCCUAACAUGCUGCUCAUGGGGCGGCGAGACGCCUCACUCCCCCAGGUAAUCUACACUCCUGAACCGCUAUCCAAGCGUCGCUGGCGUCACUCUCAAACCAUUGUGGAUCACUUCUGGUCAUACUACACCCGGCAUUACCUCCCAAGCCUUCAGACUCGCCAGAAGUGGCAGCGAGAAACCCAAGAUUUAACUGAGAAUAUGGUAGUGAUGAUUAUGGAUCCGCAGCUUCCCAGAGCCCAUUGGCCAACUGGUCAGGUAGUCAAGUUGAUACCCAGUGCUGAUGGACACAUUAGGUCAGCUCAAAUCAAGGUCAGUGAUCGCUUAUACAUACGACCUGUGGCCAAACUCGUCAGACUUCCAGCACUUCCGGAUGGAGGUGACGCUGACCCCAAGGACUAGGGAAUUUAUUCUCACACAUAUUAGCUAUGCUAAUCUGGGGGCGGCUGUUCUAAAUUCCCUGUAAGAGUAUACGGGAAGGACUUUUGUCAUGAAACAUCUUAUAGUGUAUUUCCACUGGGCGGCGCUAGUUUCCGCUAUUCCGCUAUUGUGUUUUUACUUUCACUUUUGCCAGCCGUUUGCUCCGCCAUUUCUUCAGGUGUUAAUGUGCGUGAUUGAAUAAAGACCACAUUUAAUACCUUGCACAUAACUGAAUGAUGCCAAAUAUGCAAACAAAUAUAAAGAGUUGAACUGUU